GGCUCAUUGUCCUCCGGGCUCCCAGUGGACUUAACUGAACGUUAACCAAAAUGGCCCCUUCACGAGGUCCCCAAGCAUUAGCUCGAACGCUCCAUCAAACGCUCUCGAACCACCGAGGACCUGUCCAUGUCGUUCGAUAUGCAAAAGGAAACGCAAAAUACGUCCUAAGUGGAGGACAGGAUCGCACUAUACGCUUGUGGAAUCCAGAACUUGGUACCGAGAUCAAGAAGUUCGAAGCGCACGGAUAUGAGGUCCUCUCUAUAUCUGUGAGUCAUGACAAUACGAAGUUUGCGUCUUCUGGAGGGGACCGCUCUGUCUUUGUGUGGGAUGUUACGGCGGGUGUGACGACGCGCAGGAUGGCAGGCCAUAUGGGCAAGGUGCAUGUUGUGGAGCUUAAUGCGGAUGCGACUGUGCUUGCGAGCGGCUCGUAUGAUUCCACAGUUAGAUUAUGGGACUUGCGGGCACCAGCGCGUGCGCCGAUUCAAGUACUCGAAGAAGCUCGCGACGCCGUGCAGACCUUACACGUGGAUGCGACAACCAUAAUUGCAGGCUCUGUAGACGGACAUGUCCGAACGUAUGACCUUCGUAAGGGUGAACUGCGGUCAGACUUCAUAGGCCAGCCUGUCACCUCCGCUGUCCCCUCAGCUGAUGGCACCACGCUUCUCGUAGCCACGCUUGAUUCGCAUGUCAGGCUGUUCGAUACGACCAGCGGUAAACUUCUUAAUGCCUUCACCGGCCACAACCACACAUCGUAUCGCUGUCGAGCAUGCUUCGGACAUGAGGAAGCGACGGUUGUUUGUGGAGAUGAAGAUGGUGCUGUUUGGGCUUGGGACUUGGUUGAUGCUACAGUAUUGCAACCCAAUCCCCCACCAAAAGUCCAUGAUAAGGUGAUCACCUGGACAGAACAUCACCCAAUAGACCCCGGGGAGAUGAUUACGGGUAGUGCAGAUGGUACUGUGAAGGUUUGGCGACACUCGAGCUAGACUCCUUUGUUACAAUGAUUUAUCUUUCAAUAUCAUUGUGCUAUCGAAGGCGGGAUACA